AUGAAAGAAAUAAAAUUAGCAUUACCGAAAGGAACUUCAUUACCAAUUGAGAUCGAUGAUAUUGACCCUUAUCAAUUAUAUCAAUUAUCAGAAGUUAGUGUUGUAUAUCACAAUCAAUUACUACAAUUUAAUAUCAAAAUACCAUUAGUAGAUCAACAGAAUUUUAUUUUGUAUAAUAUAAUUCCGAUGCCGAUUAAAAUAAAAAACAAACAUUUCGCGUACGUACAAAAUACGUAUGAUUAUAUUGCGAUAAGUCCUUCUAAUGAAUAUUUUACGACCUUUACACCACAACAAUUAAACUCAUGUAAGAAAAUACUUAAUUACUUUAUCUGUUAUGCCGUACAACCGGUACAUUCUAAAAAUUCAAAUACUAACUGUGAAAUGGCUUUAUUUACGAAACAAAAGGAAAAAACGCAAAUGUGUAAAUAUUUAUAUUUUGAGUUAUAUGGAAGUAUAUUCCAUAAAUUAGAAUUUAAGAACACGUGGAUCUAUACCGUAGAACACGAAAAUGUAGUACUAACAUGUGGGGUAGACGAGAGAUCAGAAAAUAUAGAACUAUACUCUAUUCAGAAUAACCUUGCCCACCCGAUCGACGAAAACUCGUCGAGUUCGCGCAUGUCUGUUGCCACCGUCGGCGCUGAUGUCGACUGUGCUGCUGCCGCCGACGCGCUGCAGCUGUAUACGUAG